UCUAAGUCAGUUUAUUGCUAACAAUCCAUCGUGUCGGCUUGGUUGCUUUAACAUUGUACAACAACGCAAAAACGUGAUAGUUGUUGUACUUCUUUGUAAGAACAAUGGCCGGUUAUCCGUACCAUAAACUAGACACUAAGUGUUCUGGUACUCAAAGCCAUGGUGCGGAGGACAAUGCUUCGGCUGAAACCGCAUUCAGCGAUUCCCAGAAUAAAUUACCAAAAGACCAUCUAAAGGAAGAAUUCAUUAAAUGGCUCAGUGACACAAAAUGGGUUAACAGCAAAUCGUCGUGGCAAGUCACACUGGACGCUUUCAAGUUUCGCCCGCCAUUUAUUACCGUGGGAGAUGAAUCCCUUUUAGAGAAGUGGUUUAAUGAGUUCAGGCAGAAUAUUAAACAGAAAAAGGAUGUGGACAAACAAAGGAAAGAAAUAGCACAGGAACGUAAAGACUUCAUGCAAUUACUCCGCGACACCCCGUGGGUUCACAGCCGUUCAUCGUGGGAAAUCACACAGGUCGCUCUCAAGUCGGACAAACGAUUCAGUGCCGCGGAAAACGAAACAUUGAAAGAGUGGUUUAACGAGUUCAUACAGUACCUUAAACGUCAAGACUUCAUACAAUUACUCAAUACAACCCCGAAGGUUAACAGCCGGUCAUCGUGGACCAAAGCGCAGAAAGCUCUCAAGUCCGACGAACGAUUCGGUGCGUUUAAAGACGACGAAACACUUUUGGAACAGUGGUUCGAUGCAUUUAUACACGAUCGUAAACGACAAGACUUCAUUCAAUUACUCCGCGACACCCCGUGGGUUCAAAGCAAGUUGUCGUGGGAAGUCACACAGGACGCUCUAAAAUGGGACAAAAGAUACAAGAACGUGGGAGACGACAAACUUGCGAAAGAGUGGUUUAACGAGUUCAGAAAGAAUCUUAUACCAUGCCGUAUUGACGAAAUGGGCGGUAACAACGCCAGUCUUAAAUUGUGGAUUUGUCUGCUUGUAUUCAGUCCGUUAAAGUGGUAUCGUGGCACUUUAUGGAUCAGCAUACCACACAUUAUUGUUUUCAUCUUUCACCUAGUGAAACUAGUGCUGACUACCGUUGCGGUAUUCAAUUUUGGGGGAUGCCGCGAGCAAUUAAGCGACACCAUAACACAUGGUCAGCUGGUAAUAAAGCACAACUUGCUAAAAGGCUGGUCUGCAGAUGUCGAAACACUUCCUUACCCGCCUUCGGUUGGCCCUUUUGCAGUGUAUAACGUAGAGGAUUUCAUUGACAGAAUAAACUUCGCAGUCGAAGGGUACUACAAUAUGGAAUACCAAGCCACGGGACACUUCAAGAUACUUCCCAUUGACCAAAUAGCUAUCAACUUCAGAUACAUCAAUGUUUCUGACUCCAUUUUAGAAAUCAAAUCAUUUAGCUUAGUACCAAUACACGGUCUGACAAACGUUACCGAGCAUGAACACGCGGUCUUCAAAUACGAUGUAUUAAAAGAGCUGGAAUAUUACCACUUAAUGGACGUAUUUCACAGCAUCCUCCACGUUACUCUGACUGCAUCUUUGCAUUCAUUUCGUACUCUAAAAAAUGAUGUCGUCAUGUGCCUACAGAUACAGAUAAAUGUAGGGUACAAUGAUAUUGACUUCAACGGUGAAGUGGACAUUGAUCUCCAGACUCUUACAACAACAGUUGCAUGUCAACGAAUGAAUAUCAAAGCAACUGAUGCGGCGAUAUGUAAAGAGAAUGCAAACGGGCACUCUGGCAUAAUUGCGUUAACCAUUGUUACGUUUGGUUUCGAUGUCCUUAGUUUUUCCAUUGGACUCAUCAUCCUGCGUGUCUACUACCGUACGAAAAUUGUAAAAAAAUUCUGGCCAUAUUUUCUGCGAUGGUGGUCUUUGUUGUCGCUGAUAGGAGAUAUUUUUAUUUUAAUUGGGGAGACAUUUCUUCAUAAUGAAAACACCAAACGGGAUGACCAGAAACUACGGUCAUUUGACAAAAUUGCGUUCUUCUAUGGCAUAGGAUGCCUUCUUUGCUGGAUCGGCUUUAUGCGGCAUUUGAAAAUAAACAGGAAAUUUUCGCUUCUGUUUCAUACCAUUUACCACGCGAAAUCAAAUAUUCUGGCCUUUGCAUUAUGCACAGGAAUUCUAUUUGUGGGCUAUUGGGCGUGUGCCUUUGUGACGCUCGGAGUAUAUCACCCAAAGUUUGAAACAAAAAGUCGAGCCGCCAUAUCGCUAUCUGCACUUAUGUAUGCAGACGACAUAUUUGGUGCGGUUACUUCUGUGUAUUACGAGAACGCUGGAGAUGAAAACUGGUUGAGAGCUAGUGUCAUGAUCGUCAUAUACAGUUUCGUUUUUCUGUUCACUCUUCUAGCUCUAAACCUCAUUAUUGCUAUGAUCAACGCGUCGUAUACAAGAAUUAAUGAGAUUGGCCAGAAUGGCGAUUUCACGACCGUUUCAAUAGAGACCGUAUCAAUGUUUCGUUUUUUGAACGGAGAGGAUACUCGAAACAGUCACGAAGGAGUUGGAAUCUGUGCGUGGCUUUUUGGCAAGCGUUUCUUCUGUCGUGUGACGUUCCGUAAACUAGAAUGUCUAAAGACGUCAUGGCAAUGCUGCUGGAAGUCGAAACGGCAAGCAUCUGCUGUAUAAUUGCGUCUUGCAAAUGACUAAUGACAUGUGAUUUCAAUCCUAAACAUCCUUAGCAUUCUUUUGUUCUCUGUAAUGUACAACUUAAUGCAAUACCUAAUAUAACUAAAAGAUGGUAUAUGUGGUCAGUAUCUAUCGAACAGCUUAUUGAUUUUUGAGGGACUUUAUGGUUAUGCUAAUGUGUGUCUGUUCAACGGAGCGUGUCGUUUUACCACACAAUUUCUUAUCACUGAAUAAUAGUGGAUCUUUUGUCAUUGAUUGUCAGAUUGCUGUACUCUAGAUUAACAAAACGCACAGUUUUCAGAAAGUGUGUGCAACAAGAAAAGGCUAUAAUCGAAUAUUGUGUAUUUUCGAAAAUGUUUUAAAUUAACAUGUCCCCGUGCCCAUCUGUGUAUUUUAUGCAUAUAUGUAAAAUUUGUAUGUAAUAGUACUUUAAAAAAUAUUUUAAAUGUUUGAGGUUUUAACCUAGAAAAUAAGACACAAUUAUAAAGUUUUAUACUUAAAAGAAUGCUUAACACUUACUGUUAAACUACAAGUUUCAUGCGCAUCAAUGGGUACCAAAUAUGCAUGUAACAAUUAUGGGUAUUUGUUAAUUGAUUUUUCACAACAGCUAAUUCUGUUUUAGAGUGUCUUUUGUCUCAACAUUCUAUUCGAAAGUCCUGUUGUAAGAUCUAAUUUUUGUCGAACUUUUGAUGACCUGUUAAAAUUGUUUUAUCCACAAAAAAUGUGUAAUUAAACUUAAAAUCUUUCUUUCGUGACCUAUAGUGUAUUUAUAAAAUGCAAGCUGAUGAUAUGUUUGUUUCUUUUUUAGCACAAAUUUAUGGUAGAAAAAAAUGUAUUUGUCAUUUUUUUACGUACCAUUCUCUUGAAAAGAAUAGGGAAAGUGUCAGUAAAUUAUCAUUUGAAAUUAAAAUAUUGAUUGGUUAAAAACCCAAACAUGUGAUCCUGGGCCAUGUGGAAAAAGCGUAUUUAUUAUUAUGGCAUGUCAUUGUGUUAUUCGUACCGGCAAUACUUCCUCUUUCGUUGUACAAACGCGUUUUAUUUGUGCUAUUCAAUAUUUUAGCCGCUCUUUAUGCCUUAUGGUCAUGUAUUAGUAUUUGUCUAAAAAGGAAUCAGGACAACAAUCGCGCAUCAAUCAGUCCCUUUGAUGCUUCUUCGUGUACAAAAUGUAUAUUGCAAAAGAGUUUCAAUGUUGCUGUUUUUUGUUGUUGUUGUUUUGUGGGUGUGUUUUCUACGUACUUGUACAACCAAUGUUAUUCUAAGAUAUGAUCAGAUACGAACGAAGAAAAGUCAAAAAUAGAAGAGUAUUUACAAAAAGAAAACACAACUGAAUUAGUUCAAUUCAGUGACAAUUAACUUAUAGCAGUGAUAGAAAUACAUCAGAAGACGUAGUAUGGGUUAUUUUUGAUUCAACGUUAGGGUAGAUUAGUAUGUUUAAGAAAUUAUAUAGAGGAUAUUUGUUGGAUUCGGUGGAUUAUCGAUUUUAAUUCACGAGUGAUCAUAUAAAAUAAUAUUUUCACGAGUGGCGCAGCCACGAGUGAAAAUAUAUAUUUUAUAUGAUCACGAGUGAAUUAAAAUCGAUAAUCCACCGAACCCAACAAAUUUUCUUUUUAUUUUAUGCUUUUUUUUUCACAGUUUACAUACAUUGUUAAAGGGUUUAACUAAAGAAUUUCGCUUGGAAAAUGACGUCAUUUCGUCAAAAAAAUGACGUCAUUUAACAUAAACAGUGAAAAUUAUCGAUAAUUUUCACUGAUAAUUUUCAUUGUUUGAAACAGUGAAAUUAUCAGUUUUAAUUCACUGAUAUUUCUCUAUAAACCACCGGAAAGCAUAAAAUAAAUUUUUCUAUCAUGGUUUGUUGUCGAUUCUAACACGGAACGCGACUUGUUUUCUAUAGACAAAGAAGGAAAUCAAGUGUGGGUUAUUCUGCAAUAACUUAUGGGCGGAGCUUAAUGUUUCGAAAAUAGUUCGGAAUAAAUAAAGAAAAUAUUGCAGUAAAAUGCACGUGCUAAAACCCGCUCUAAAAGAAAUGUAAUAAAUGUAGCAUGUAUAUAAAUGUAAUGAAACAACAAAUUGUAUAUUUGGUGAUAAGUGGCAUAACCACGCCUACAAAGAAUGUUAUUUGUUAGGAAACGUAAUUCAGAAAACAUUUAUAGCUUGUCAGCUUUUCAGUUGCAUCAAUGAGCGUGAUAAAAAUCUUGUACGAAAAUGCGCUGGAUAUUUCGUCUUUUUCAUACAAUUUCUCGGCUCAUAAUUAAUGACAUGCUUUAAAAAUUUCCACAAUAUAGCAUGAAUAUGUCCUUUAAACACUGGCACAAUUGGUGGUUUGUAAUCCGUUUAUUGAAUUCAAAUUAUUCCCCUUGAAUGACAAUGUUUCGUUUGAGCAGUUCACAGGUAGCGCAACCUGUCUCGUAGUGUUCAUUUUCAAUGGCUAUUAAACGCUGUAAAUCAAAAUGACAUCGUGUACUGUUGGAUGUCUUCAAUCGAAGAAGGUUUGGAAAUGAUAUUUCCACAUGCUUAAAAUAGGUUGGGAAGUUAUUUUUCAAGACCCGAUGAAGUGUGAGGUGUAUGGAAUCAGCUGUGAAGGAUCUGGUAUUUGAAUUAAUUUAAUAUCAUUGCUAUCCACAAACUGAAUCAGUCUAAAUCUAAUCAACUACCAAUUGAUUAUUUACUUUUUAUUGUUGUGUGUGCGUGUUUGUGUGGUGUGUGGUCUGGAGGAUAUCAUUCUCGUCUAAUAUCAAUCUUUUAUGAUAAGACAAUAACCAUGCAUUAUCUAAAUGUUUUCAAACCACCAAUUAAUUAAUUGGAAAAAAAACUAACUAUUUGGGUAUCUCUAGUAAGUUAUUAUAGUUUAUUUAUUAGUCUUCUGUUUCACAGGAAAGCAGGUGUUUUACCUCGCAGACGAAGGCCAGUCACAUGGUAAAGGUGCAAAUGCUGUGGUCAGCCAGGUUCACUACUACCUCAAAACACACGGUCUUGGCGAACAGCAUGCUCACUUUCAGUGUUACAACUGUUGUGGCCAAAAUAAAAACAACAUAGUCAUCUGGUACCUUCUGUGGAGAGUUCUUGAAGGUUUACACAGAAUCAUCACACUGAGCUUUAUGUUGAUAAGACAUACAAAGUUUACACCAGAUUGGCACUUUGGCAUCUGGAAGUCAAAGUGGAGAAACUUCAAUGCAGAAAUGUUAUCUGAUGUCGCUGAGUCUGUGGGGUUAUCGUCAAGGACGGGCCACAACAUCCCCCAGCUUGUGGAGGACUCUUCCAAUCCUGUUGUUAUCUAAGACAGGAAGGAUUACCUUUCGACAUUGUUUCACCACAUAAAGAAUGUUACCAAAUUUCAUCAAUUUCCAUGUGUCAGCGGAUCAUCCCGGUGUUGUGGAGUGCAGGGAAUUUAGUGACUCACCAGUAGUCAGAAUCACUCUCAGAAAGGUCUCGAAAGUGAAUGUUAACAUGAGCUGUGACAACCUGCCAUAAGAUAUGUUUGCGAAAGGGCUUGAUCUGGACCAUCAGUGGUAUUUAUUUGAAAACAUUCGUGAAUUUUGUCCCAUAGAUUAACCAAAAACUUGACAUGUCCGAAACGCGCUACUGGUGAGCAACAAAAAACAGACUGUGCCCCCAAAAAAGAAGAUGCAUUAAGAUGCGCAUCUGAUCUUCUCUGAUGAUGCCACAACAAUUACAUACAUCAUGUAUCAGUUUUUAUUUUGGCCAAGGUAUUGGGUGAUAUAUUUUUCCCCAAACAAUGCAAAAAAUCCUCUAUUCCUAGGAAAGCUAAACAUGUAUACGAGUGCUAAAUGUGUCAGUUGAUACAGGUUUUGACAUGUUCAAUGCAAACGAUUGUUGUUCUAAUUGCACAAGCUUGUUUUCAAGUUUUUUAUAUCUCAUAUUUACAAAACAAAAAUCAUUUUGUCUAUGUAACCAUGCAAUUUUUUUCACCUUAUGGACACAGACUGCCUUACCGAAAAACUGGAAAAAAAUCAGUGUGAAUAUUGUAUUUAUUUAUGUUUUACAUUGAAAAUCCUAUGUUUUUGUUUGUUUGCUACAUUGUUUCCAUAGUUACAAAAACAAACAAUUUUUUUGUUUAAGUUAUUGUUUAUUUUGUCUAUUUUUCUCUAUCAGAAAUAAUGAUAAAUAAUGAUUAUUUCAUUUACUGAAACAUUUAGUAUCAAAUUGUACUUUCAACCAACACUUUUCAAUGCUGUUUUUUCCAUUCUGUUGUGUUUGAGGUUACAUUAUACUUAAAUACACAUGUAACUGAAUAAAAAAGGAAAUUGUUCAUGGGACACACAAAUUAUUGAUUGUUAUUGUUUAACUAGUUACAAAACAGUGAAAUUAAUAUUGUGUUUGCCUUUAAACAAACACUUGAUUGAACAUACAAUUCAUAGAUUUAUAAAAGGCGUGAUUGUGUGCUCUAGUGAUAAUUAACAUGUAGAUCGGUUACCAUAGCAACACAAAUGGUACAUUUUAAAUGUCCAUAAUGCUGUUGUCAGUUUAUUACACUAUAAUUAUGUAUUUGACUAAAGGAAAGAUUAUUGUUUUAAUAAAACAAUGCGCUUGUUGUUUGAAUGUUUUCGUUGUUUUCUUGUAUUAAAUGAUAACUUUUAGUGACGGUAAAAUGUAGGGUUGGUCACUUUGGAAGGUCAUAAAAUUAGUUUUGAAUGUGAUAAAUAAAAAAUCUAUAUCAUU